GACCUUUGACCCAUAUCAAUUGACUUUUAAUACACUGUAACGCUAUAACAUGUGACAAUGGUGAUAUUGGCGGCUCUUUUGACUGUUUUAGUUCCAAUUUCGCUAUCAUUAUGGGCGUUUACAAUUUUGUCAUUCACAUAUUUUGGAGAUAGUAGUGGAUUUCGUCCUAUCUCACCAUGGAAAUGGUUGUUUUCUAUUUUGAUUCCGUUGUACAUGGCAAGUGGAGGCUUGAGGAGAAAGAGUGUAAACCAAAGUGGUGCUGUAGUUGGUUUUCUAAUUGGCUUCAUAUUGAUACUAUCAAACUACUCUUUUUUUUGUGCACUCGCCGCUUUUUUCAUUGUGAGUUCGAAAGCUACAAAAUACAGAGCUGGAAUGAAGAAAUCUAUAUUUGAAGGUGUAGAAGAAAAUACAGAGGGAAAACGUAACUGGAUCCAGGUUAUAGCAAAUGGCGGUAUCGCAACAUAUUUCAGUCUCCUGUACACAAUCAGCACAGGAUUCCAAGAACGUAUUUUAAAUUUUAGCAAUGAUUACAAUGCCACAUGGUUAUCAAUGGCUGUUAUGUCAGCAAUCGCUUGUUGCAGUGGCGAUACAUUAGCCUCUGAGAUUGGUAGUGUUCUAGGCCCACCUCAACCGGUCCUUAUCACGACAUGGUCAAAGGUUCCUAAAGGAACUAAUGGUGCCAUCUCUCUGGUAGGCCUUGUAGCUAGUUUGUUUGGUGGGUUGGUGGUGGGCCUAGCUUUCUAUGCAGGCUUAUUUCUAUCAUUGACACUGCCAAGUCAAACUGAUAUACCACCACAAUGGCCUGUUAUCUUCUUUGGAGCUGUUGCUGGCCUGUUAGGUUCACUUAUCGACUCCCUCCUUGGUGCUACUCUACAAUACUCAGGUUUCUGUGAAGAAAAACAUGUUGUUGUAGAUUUUCCUUCAGAUUCAACAAAGCACAUAUCUGGCGUACCAAUACUGGAUAACCAUGGAGUGAAUAUGUUCGCAUCGCUUUUCACUGCCCUUAUUAUGCCGUCAAUCGCCCUUGCCUACUGGCCCUUCCCUGAGUAAUUCAAUAAACCAAAUGAAUUAUGUGAUGUUAUGAGGAAGGGGAAUCAGUAACAAUGACAUUCCUUUGUGCUAUAUCAAUUUAUUUUUCAACUGCAAUAGUAUAUUUUUAAAAUGCAUUCGCCAUUGCUAGACUAUAUGAAACAGACAUGUUCAAGUUCAAGUUCAUUGGUUUUGUGCUACUUUAUUCAUAUUUUUUAAAAAAGUAUAUUUGAAUUUCAUUCUCAUGUAACAUUGAGUGACUCAUCAUGCUAGAUAAAUUAAGUUGGGGUGGGGGGGGGGGAGUGUGGGUUGGGAAUGGAGUUUCUUAAGUCCAUAGAAAAUAGUCCUACUGCUCUGGACCAAUUUUUAAAGAUUAGUAUAAUAAUAAGUAAAGAAAUAACAAUUAUUUAGUAAUUAUUUCAAUUUAAAAAUUUCAUGAUUUAACUAGUGAUAAUUAUGAAAGAAUUAAUUAUAUAGGUAAUAAUAGUCUCAAUUAUCAUUUAAAUUAUUAUAUGUUAAUUAACUGUGACAAUUAUUAUAAAAUAUAGGAACUGAUCAAGUCCUUUUAAUUUACAUUAAUUAUAAAUUCAUUUAUACAUUUUGAAAGAUGUUAUAUGUUGAUAAUGUACAGUUGCAUGCAUCCCUUGCAUACUUACAUGGAUACAUUAACCUUAUCCAAGAUAAGUUUUUAUAUGUUAUUAGCUUUUAUAUUAUUUAUUGCAUAUAUUCUUUUUGCCUUUAUUAUAAAUUGAUGGUGUACAAUGCUUAUCCUAGGGUGUAACCCAACUUGGAUGAGUUUGUGCAAUAUUGUGCUUGUGUACUAGACAGUAAGUUGGUAUUGAGAAUUAAUACCUUCAUUCUUUUUGUUUUUGAAACUUUAUGUACAAUUUUGCAUUAAAAAUAAUGAUGAAGUUAUUUAAUAAAUAUUUUGAUUUAAUUUUUUUUUUAAAUAAAUUAUUAGGGAACAUGAAUGUUGCAAUUUUUUUAAUUUAAGAUGUUUGAGAUAAAGAGAAUUUGUUGAAGAUGCAA